AUGGCAGAGAAGAGAUCGAUGAGGGUGCUACGCGACCAGCCUUUGCCCGUGCCGAGGCCGUACGCCGGUCGAGGACAGGAGCCUCACCGAUCAGGUAGCGCUACAUCAUCAGAAAAGGGACAUGCCUCGAAGAAGAGCUUUGCAUCAUCCGUCCGCGCCAGUCUCUCUGUGAGAAGACGGCUACGAUCCUCCUCCAACACAGCACCGCGCCGGCCGCAAAUAUCCGCCCCGUCCAACUUUCGCCACCUCCAUUCAGAAUCUUUUCAAUUUCCCCAGUACAGCCGCAUGCAGAGCGUAUCUAGACGGCCGCCUUUGCCGCCAUCUUUCCGCCCGAUUGAGCUGAGCAUUUACAUGCCGCACAAUGAGCUCUCGCCCAUCCUGCCGCACUUUGAGUAUCCCAGCAUCAUCACCGCGCCGUCGGCGGCCCGGCUGCCGGAAAGCCGCGUCGACGACUUCACUUUGAACCGUCAACUAAGUUACACCUCUAUGUCGUUUCACAUCCCCCGCAAACCAACGGCGUCACCGCAAACCUCUUAUGAAGAGUCGCCACCAAGGGUACCACCAAAGUCGAGAGCCCGGGCCUACACAGCACCCAACGUUGCCGAGAUGAAGGUGCGCAUUGCUAGUGCCAUGAACGAGGUUGAAAAGCUUCAGAGGGAGAUCGACAAUGCCAUUGAGCGUCAGAGUCUUUACGCCGCUAGCAGUCGGCCCUCGACUGCUCACUCCAUGGCGCCCACUGAACUGGAGCCGAUGCCCUCCGUUCCAGCCCUGCCACCGGCCGCGCCCUCGUUCUCCGAGCGGCUGAGCCAGGAGCGCCCUCGUACCGCGCCUUCGCAGUUGCCUGUGCGCAUCCCCCGUCGUGCUAAGACGUUCGCCGAAGCCUCUGCGGCCUUCAUCACCCCACCCCCGAGCCGCGAGGGUCCAGAACACCAGCCACCGCCGCCCCUGCCCCUGGUGCUACGCCCCCCUCUGCGCAAGAAGAAGUCAUUCUCUCGCGUAUCCAGCUGGCUCUUCCCUGGCGGGGCCGCUGCCGCUGAGCACUCGCGCGACAUGAGCUUCGACUCUGUUACGAACCUGCCACGACCUGUCAAGGGCCGCGAAGGGUUCUACCAGUGCGUGUCGCCCCCAGAGGGUGCAGGAGGCAGGCGAAGCUUUGACAGCACCGCGACGGUCUCGACGUGGACGUCCGAAGAUGAGGGCCAGACGGCGCCCACGACGACUUGGUCGCCUGGCAGCACGCCGUUGACGAAACAGCACGAGGAGGUGCCACUCGAGCGCGUCAGCACCUUUGGCAAGGAGCGAGGCGCCAAGACGCUCCGGCGUCCCAGCGUUGGGAUGGCCUUUUAG